GAAUAGAAUACACACCAUCCAACUGCUCCUGGGAAGGCUAGCUGGAAGUUCUCAAGGUCCCAUUUGUGCAGUGUUCAGAGUUUUUGUGACUUCACGGGUAAUAGAAAAUGUUCAAUGUAUUUCACUUCACUGUUAUAAUGGGGUUGACCUUCUGGGCCCAAGGCUCACAUGUUCAGGAGUGUUCCGGCUCACACCUGAACACUUGUGAAGAGUGUAUUGCCUCCAGCCCUGGCUGUGCUUGGUGUAAAGAAUCGGUCUUUGAUUUGGAGAAUCCGUGGUCUCCCCACUGUGACUCGUUUGCAAACUUGCGGAAGAAAGGUUGCAGAGAGCAGGAUAUCAUAGAUCCAGAGAGCCGCCACUCAGUCACUCACCUGUCUGGAAGAAAGGGCAGGCGUGCCAACCUGAGACCACAAAAUAUGAGUCUAGAGCUGCGGCCAGGGAGAACCCUGACAUUUGAGCUGCAGGUGAAGAGGCCCCAAACAAGCCCGGUGGAGGUGUACUACCUGACAUCAUUUGCAUUUGCUGGAAAGGACAGCAUUCAGAGAGGGGCACACCUAGCGGGGCAGGUGCUCAGUGCCGUGCAGGAAGUCAACCCUGAAGCCCACAGCAUAGGAUUUGGACUCUUUGGAUAUCACCAAAAUCUGACAACUGAGAAAAGUGAGAAUGUUUUCAGCUUCUCACACUUCUCCAGUCUGGAGCCCCCUGCUGAGGCCCCCAAACCUGAUGCCCCUGCCCCCCCAGCUACCUCUGGGCUGCAGGCUCUGCUGCAGGCUGCAGUGUGUGGGGACCGGAUUGGUUGGGGGCAAGGUACUCGCCUGCUGGUCUAUGUGUCUAACCAAUACUUCAGAGCAGCAGGUCAAACUCCAGACAACAGUACAGCUGAUGACAGGGGACGCUGCCACCUUAGAGACGGCCAGCAUCACUUCACCAGCCAGCUGGACUACCCCUCUGUGGCUCAGCUUGCGCACAGAUUAACAGAGAACAACAUUCAGGUUAUUUUUGCCGUCACUGAGGACCUGGCUGAAAAAUACAAGGAACUCAGUGACCGGCUCCCCAAAUCCACUGUAACUGUUCUUCCCUCGGACCUCCACAACAUCAAGGCCGUCAUCGGAGACGCUUACAGAGUGCUAUCGUCCACUCUGGUGGUGAGUCACACACACAUUGAAGGUUUGAAUAUCUCUUACACCUCAGAGUGCGGCAAGGGCCAGAAGAGCUCGGUUCGAGGGGCCUGCAGCAUCCCAGAGAAAAGCGACAAGUUUUCUCUCAAUGUGACAGUCUCCUCUGAUUCCUGCUUGGAGCCCCAGUCCCUCCAAUUCCAGCUUCUGGGCUCCCAAGACAGACUGUCAGUGGAGCUGAAAUCUGCCUGCCGCUGCCAGUGUGCAGACGCAAGCUCCUGCGGCUACGCUGGAAAACUCCGCUGUGGCGUCUGCAGUUGUGACCCUGGCCGCUUCGGGACAACGUGCGAGUGCUCUGCAGACCAGAGCGAUGCCCCCUGCAGAAAUGGAGAGGGAAGCCCCGUGUGUUCCGGGCGAGGAUCCUGUGAAUGCGGCCAGUGCAUCUGUCAGACCAGGAGCGACCCGACAGAGUUGAUUGCUGGUCAAUUCUGUGAAUGUGACAACUUUAGCUGUGAUUAUCAUAAUGGCAGAAUCUGUGGAGGAAAUGGCCGCUGUACUUGUGGACACUGUGACUGUCAUGAGGGGUUUGCGGGCAAAGCCUGCGAGUGCACAACAGCAGUUUAUAACUGCAUGAGCCAUGAUGGGGCACUGUGCAGUAACCAUGGCCAAUGCCUGUGCAACAUGUGCAAGUGUGAAGGUGAAUACAGUGGACCCUUCUGCGAGACAUGCCCCUUCUGCCAGAACGACUGCGUCACAUUGGCUCCCUGUGUAGAGUGCUUGGCAUUUCAGUCCGGCCGCUUCAGGGAGAACUGCCUUGCCAUGUGUGGCAACAUCCGGCACACCGUGGUAGACACACUGUCUAAAGGCAGGCUUUGCCGGAUGAGAGAUUCACAAGACUGCAUUAUGGACUACUCCAUUUCUAAAGUGAGAGGGACCUACAGCUACGAAGCUCAAAUCAAAGCGAAGAGGGGAUGUUCUGCAAUACGAUGAGGACUCCUUUGUGGCAACGGAUUACAUGGAAAAAAACAUCCAAGAUUUUCAAUGAGGUCUCAGAUUUUUGAACCCCACUGUAUGUGAACAGUAAAGGGAGGAUAGCUUCCCAGACCAAGUUGAAGGACGUACCCAUCACAUAGGAUGGGAAUAGGUCAUAAGGAAGAAGCUGGGAAAGUGAACAACAGGACAUGGCAAUUCAUAGGUUAGCAGCACACGGAAGGGGAAGUUCACAAACAACCGUGUAACUUCAUUAUAAGUAGUCUAUGAGUGCCCCCAAGCACAUGUGGUAGGAACUGAGUAUGUAGCAAGGACAAUUUUGCUGGAAUUGUUUAAUGACCAUAAGAAGGCACCAUGGUUUAUUGGUUCAAUAGUAGGGAGGAGAAGAUAUGAAACUAUAUAUAUAUGUUUGCCUGUCUUUGUUCAGGAACUCCUGAAGUGUAGGUGAACAGACCACCCAGGGUGCCUUGGCCAAUAAACAGUUAAAUGGUAUUCAAGACUCUGCAAGAUUAUUUCCUUCAUAUUCAUCCGGCCAACUUCCACCUUAAAUUGAACCUAAUGAGGAGAAAGUGAAGACUGAACAACAUGAGGCUCUAUAACAGUAGACAUGCCCAGAGGGUUACACCCAAUGACUGAUGUGUGCACUCCACUGACCAUUGUCUACGGUCAUGUUACAGCUGCAAAGCACAGCCGGACUAAGAGAAGGACAGAGGAAGUCACAGAGAAGGACUGAACUGAGGGAAAAUAACAAUGGGAUUCAUAUUCAAGAAAAAACUAGCCUCCAUUCCCAUUUACAUCAGAAGAAAAGUAGCAAGAACUAAGUGCUGACAUCGUCAUAAAAUGAGACUCGUACACAAUGGCAGGCUGGGUUGCUUCCCACACAACUGCGCCCAUGCAGAGAGAUGGUUGUUUAUUGGACGAUAAACGUGCAGCAUUUAAGAACCCCGCCCACCACCCCAGAUGUCAAUCAACAUGAAACUAAGCCAAUAAACAAAGCAAUUACAAUGGGAAAAGUCUCAUUGGGUCUGAAAUCAUGAAACUGCCAAAAUAAAUUGUGUAAAUACUU